CACAUGUCCAAAAACAAACCUUUCUCGUGCUGGCAUGGCUGGUCGUGUCUGGUGGUGUCGUCUGCUUUUGGUUGUGUACUGUUAAGCUUCAUACGUUGAUUACUUGAUUAAAAACACACCAUACAAAAUGGAUAAAGUACAGUUCAACAACGAGGUUGUGAGCAUGAGGAAGGUUGUGAAAAGGGUCAAAGUGCUGAUCACACACUCUCUCACAAGGCACAUUACAAAGCUGCGAAAGAAAAAGGGUUCAGAGCAGCAGAUACUCAAGAACAAGAGGCGAGUGGAGAGGUUUGUGGCAGAGAUUGAAGCAAUGAAGGACCUCCAGCCAGACACAAUCACCAAGAAGGCUGCAACAAUGAAGAAGACGCUGCAAGAAGUCCUCAAUAAUCCAAAGUCUUCCGCCCAGGAUAGAGUGUUGGCACGCAUCAUCUACCACAAACUCAUACAAGAAAGGGUGACACAGUUCAAAGACAUGGUUACCAAGGACUUUCUUAGGACUGGAAGCAAGAAAUACAAGCGUCUCCGCAAGGGCAAAUUUGAGUCAGAGGCCCAAGCCAGACUGAAGGAGGAGGAAGAUUAUCAAGUCACCUUGGAGAGGAUGGUGUCAGCAGAUAAGAUGGAUAAUGUUGACGAUGACGAUGAUGAUAAAUUUUCUCAAAAGUUUGCUAAGAAGAUGAGGACGUUUGCUACAAUUGAUCAUCAAGACGAUGAUGGUAACGAUGACGACAAAGAUGAUGAUGAUGAUAAUGAUGGUGAUGAAGUUUCCCAAAAGUUUCUUAAGAAAAUGAGAACAUUGGAUAAGAAAGAUCAAGAUGAUGACGGGGACGAUGGGGAUGAUGAUUUCGACGAUGAUGCGCACUCUCUGGAGAAGUUGAUGAUAAAGAAAAUGAUGGAUCGUGACGAAGACAACAGUGAUGACGAUGAUUUGUUAGGAUCCAAAGUUAGAGGCGCCCAACAUUCUCCCCAUAAACAUAAAGUCCAAUUGGAACUGCUUGUUGGUGAGAAAAGAAUAAUCAAGGAUGAGGAUGCUCACAGAAUCUCGGAGGAUGCUGCACUUCCAGAAAAGUCUCAUUUGAUUGGGAAGAGAAAAUUGGACUCCACGUUUCUUGGCAGUUUAUCCAGCAUGCAGGAUGAGGACAUCACAGAGAUGCUGCAGACGACAGAGAAAGAAUCAAUGAAGCAAAGAAACAAAGCUAAGCCACCUCAGAAGCAACAGCCGAAAGCAAGACCAGCUCAAGAGAAAACCCAAGGACCAGCAAAGAAGAUGAGGCACAAGAUCCCCAUGGUGGACCAGCCAAACCCCGUCAGACACACCCCCGGGGAGAAAUUGAUUCCUGGUAUCAACUGCCACCCAGACCUACCGCCCAGACAUGCUCUCGGAGAUACCCAAGAGAAAAAAACUGGGAAGAAACCUUUCCCCACCAGACCUCAGAGCAAGCAGCUGCCUGCCAAGCCAUUAGCCAGUCAGUCCAGACAUGCAGCCAAGCAACACCCUACUCAAGGGAAGCAUCCCGCUUCUGCCACCAUUUCAUCUCAGAAGAAACCCGCCGCCAAAGAAUCACUUCAUCCGUCCUGGGAGGCCAGCAGGAAGCGCAAAGAGGAGUCCAAAAUUGUGCCAUUCCAGGGCAAGAAGAUCACAUUUGAUGAAGACUGAACAGAAAAUUAUCUGUAACUCUUCAAAACAUACCUGUGUGUCUCUCUUUGGGCUCAUAGCCCAUACUUAUCAAGCAAAAUACAUGUUCAACUAGCUGUUCAGCCCGUCCCAACUCUUGGUGCAUGUUUUGUUGCUUUACACGAUUUCUCACUUCGAAUAAAAUAGUCUUGGAGUGAGUCAGGUAAACCCACUUAGACUCCGGUUUGAUGGGUAAACUUAAUUAUUUUUGUCCAUCAACUAGACUUUGGAGUCAUUCUUAAUGAAAGCUGAUGGUUAAGCAUAGUGGCUCCUUUAUGUACUUAAUUCACAUGUUCAGAAUCAUUUGGUUCAGCACGACUAACAAAUGCCAGUCUGAUACAGGCAUAACCUUUCUUCUGGCCCAGCACCUAGACCAUUGUAAUCAAGCAGUGACAAAGACAGUCAUCCGCCAUUUUUCACACAGACCUGAUCCUAUUUGAUGUCCUUGCCCUCACCUUAAAGAGAUCCUUCCCACUCUUGGUUUUUACACACCAGAGUCUACAUUUGUCCAUUUUAAAGUUCUUUUAUUACCCUAAUUCAUCCUGUAUAGUUAUAAAGCUGGAACAGAAUUUCUUUGAAAGCUCAUUGACGUGUAGCCGACAGUUGGGACACUUUUUGAUUCAUGCAAAAUCUUCAAACUCCAUACACUUAGGCAGAUUUUCGAUUCGUCCAAAAUAUGUCAAAGUGUAUGGAGUUUGAAGUCCCUUGGUACAUUAAGCUGGUAAUAAUGGCCUGGUUCCAAUUUAUACUAAAUCCUGCAAAAUCUCAAUCUUAAAGUUGGAUUUGAGGAAUGUAUAUGUAGGUGGGUAAGGCUAACAU